AUGCAAGUAUAUCCGUGGGUUCACCAGCCUCGGUUCCUCGACGGCGGGAGUGGUAACACGCGUGUCUCCUCUCCGCCGCCCAACUCUCACCACAAUCAUAGAACCGCCGUCAGUUCUAAUCUUAACGGAAGUCUUCAGUUUACCAUUAAAACUUGUGCUGCGCUAACAGCCAUACUUUCUCUAAUUUUUGCAAUCUACUCCUGUUUUCUCCGGAUAUCCCCUUCGAAACUGCAAACUCCAGCCCUACGCAGGCUGGCUAGCAGUGGCGAAGAUGAAGAGUGCCGCAGCAUUCAGGCCAUACUCACCUCAGCUGGUCGCCCAGGAAGUGCACAGGGGCAGCAGCUGCCCCAGUCACUCGUGGGGGUCCCAGGCCCUAGCGGAGGAGCUGCUAGAAAGAGGAGACAUACCAACAAUAACCCCGGUGGGGAAGAUGGGGAAGGAUGGCAAACGAAGAAGCCUUCAGUUGAAGGCCAUAUAGGUAAAACCAGUCCCAACCGCCCGUUGCUCGCUUCAUUCGGUCAUGGUGCUUCGCCUUCUCACCAGCAAACUUCCGCCGACGAGCACGUGGGUAGCCCAGAGCCUGCAGAAGACCCAAAUAACUGGCUAGACCAAUACUUAGGUGCCUCUGUUGAUUCUCCAUUCCUUAGCCACAUUCUUGAUAGCCCCUCCCCACAAUCGCCAAGUCCGAGCGCGGAGCAACCUGGUGUAGCUCCACAGCCAGCAACUUCCGAAGAAACGACAGUGGGGGAGCAUAUCCCAGACCCUGAUGACCCAAAUAGCUGGCUAGACCAAUACUUAGGUGCUUCUGUUGAUUCUCCGUUCCUUAGUCACAUUCUGGAUAGCCCCUCCCCACAAUCGCCAAGUCCGAGCGCGGAGCAACCUGGUGUAGCUCCACAGCCAGCAACUUCCGAAGAAACGACAGUGGGGGAGCAUAUCCCAGACCCUGAUGACCCAAAUAGCUGGCUAGACCACUACUUAGGUCCUUCCGUUGAUGAUUGGUUCCUUGAGCAACUUCUGGACAGCCCUUCCUCACAAUCGCCAAGCCCGAGCGCGGAGCUAUCUGAGCAGGAACAGGAGGAGGAGCUCGAAGACUCCUGGUUACAUUCUCCACGUAGUGGCCAGCCGGCCAUACCUACCAUGCAGAAAGUCAGACUUGUGGUGGUGAUCAGCUGCCCGCUAUAG